CUGUUUUUUUUUUUCUUUCUUAUUUCAUCACUCUUGCACAGACACAUCCAGCUUCAAGGGGUCUCUCUCUUUGAGAAAUGAAAUAUUUAUUAUCCGUUGCAGUCUCCAUUGUUUUGGUUACAGUAGUAACGUUGGCAUGGAGAAUUCUGAACUGGGUAUGGUUGAGGCCAAAGAAGCUGGAGAGAUAUCUGAGACAGCAAGGUCUCUCGGGUAAACCGUACAAGCUUCUGUAUGGGGACUUGAAGACGACCUCAAUUAUGCUAAAACAAGCAAAAUCAAGACCCAUCAAUCUCGCUGAUGAUAUUACACCACGUCUUGUUCCAUUCCUCCAUAAACUGGUUAAAGAUUAUGGUAAGAAUUCUUUUAUGUGGAUAGGGCCUGUACCGAGGGUGAACAUCAUGAAUCCUGAUCAAAUAAAAGAGGUAUUUACAAGGACCAGUGAUUUUCAGAAAACCAGGUUGAAUCCACUGGCCAGGUUGCUGGCAAAAGGACUUGCAACCUAUGAGGGUGAGAAGUGGACUAAACAUAGAAGGAUUAUCAAUCCAGCUUUCCAUCAAGAGAAGCUGAAGCUUAUGUUACCUGCAUUCUAUGAAAGUUGUAAUGAGAUGAUUUGUAAGUGGGAGAAUUUGGUCUCGGGGGAGGGAUCCUGUAAAUUGGAUGUAUGGCCAUAUCUUGUUAAUUUAACUGGCGAUGUUAUUUCAAGAACUGCAUUUGGAAGCAAUUAUGAAGAAGGAAAGAAAAUAUUUCAACUCCAAACUGAACUUGCUGAACUCACAGUGCAAGUUAUGCGGUCGGUUUACAUUCCAGGAUGGAGAUUUUUGCCUACUAAAAGGAACAAAAGAAUGAAGGAAAUUGACAAGGAAAUUCGAGCUUCACUCCUUGGCAUCAUAAAGAACAGAGAGAAGGCAAUGAAAGCAGGAGAAGCUGCGAAUGAUGAUUUAUUAGGCAUACUUCUGGAAUCCAAUUUCAGAGAGAUUGAAGAACAUGGAAACAACAAAAAUACUGGAAUCGCUAUCAAUGAUGUGAUUGAAGAAUGCAAGCUAUUUUACUUCGCCGGGCAAGAGACCACCUCAGUUUUGCUUGUUUGGACUCUGGUUUUAUUGAGUAUGCAUCAAGAUUGGCAAGCUCGCGCAAGGGAAGAGGUUUUCCGAGUCUUUGGCAAUAACAAGCCUAACUAUGAUGGGUUAAAUCACUUAAAAAUUGUUCCGAUAAUAUUUUACGAGGUUCUUAGAUUAUACCCACCAGCAGUUGUUCUUACUCGAGCUGUUCACAAAGAAACCAAACUUGGAAACUUUUCGCUGCCUGCUGGAUCGGAGGUGUUAUUGCCGAUCAUCCUGGUUCAUCAUGAUAAGGAAUUUUGGGGUGAUGAUGCAAUGGAGUUCAAACCAGAGAGGUUUUCGGAAGGAAUUUCAAAGGCGACGAAGCAUCAAGUGUCUUUUUUCCCUUUCGCUUGGGGUCCUAGAAUAUGUAUUGGACAGAACUUUGCUUUGAUGGAGGCAAAAAUGGCUUUGGCAUUACUUCUACAGAAGUUCUCGUUUGAGUUAUCUCCAUCCUAUAUUCAUGCUCCUCGUCUUGUUCUCACUGUUCAUCCCGAAUAUGGUGCCCGCUUGAUUUUGAAGAAACUAUAGAAUAUGAAAGCUGUCUAUUGUGACAAAUAACAGUUGGUAUAAAAAUAUUAAAACACAUUUGCAUAAUCCUGAAUAUGUAGAAUACUUGCCAAUAUGCCAUGGGUUUGUGCUUGGACUUGGUAUUUUUGUUCUGCUUAUAUCGUUUUCUAUUGUGUGAUUUCGAAAGAUAAUCAAAAUCCUUCUUUGGGAAAAUGAAGUUGUUUUUGUGGAGAUAUUUAGCUU